GUCUGAGUACAGACACUAGGUUUACAACAGGAAGAAAGACCACUUACGCAACAGUUUGUUUACUACAACGGUCGAAUUUAAAAGGCGGUGUCUGGUGUUUUAAUGCUUCAAGGACAACGAGAACGCGAGCAGACGAUAAUACCACGCAAUAACACGGUAUAUUACCAAGACUAGGAAUUUCAUAAACAUAGCCUACGUGCAUUAUCUAUUGAUAGUGUGAUAUUGUGCAUGUUGCAAUAUUAAAGGGCAUUACCGCUUCUGUGCAAUAUAUAUAAAAUAAAACGCCGGCACCAAGAAACGACACAUAAGUAUCAAACGUAGAAUACUAUUUACAGACAUUUUUGAAGAUGUCGAAAUUUAAAGUUUAUAUCACUAGAAGAAUACCAGAUGCUGGUUUGGAAUUAUUGAAUGGACAUUGUGAAGUAACGAGUUGGGAGGGGGACGAUGCUAUCCCUAAGGAAGAAAUACUCAAGCACGUGCCAGGAAUCAAUGGCCUGCUAUGCAUGUUGACGGAUGACAUUGACAAGGACGUCAUAGAAAAAGCCGGGCCAAGUCUGAAGGUGAUAACAACCAUGUCCGUGGGCUUCGAGCACAUAGAUGUAGAGGAGUGCCGAAAGAGGGGGAUCACGGUUGCCAACACGCCGAAUGUUUCCACGGACAGUGUCGCCGAACUGACCCUUUCACUAUUACUUCUGACCGCUAGGCGGCUAAUCGAAGGCGUAGACUCUGUAAAGAAUGGCCAAUGGGGUCCGUGGAAGCCGAUGUGGCUGUGUGGUGUUGAACUGACCGGUCGGACCGUGGGCAUCCUCGGGCUUGGUCGGAUUGGCUAUGGAGUGGCCAAGCGCGUGAGGCCAUUCGGAAUCAGCCGUAUCCUCUACAAUGAUGUCUGUCAGGUGAGCCAUGCUGAUGAGGUGGGCGCGGAGUUUACAGAUUUUGAUACCAUGAUCAGAGAAUCCGAUGUGGUUAUCAUAUGCUGCAACCUUACAGAAUCCACAAAGCACAGGUUUAACAAGGACACGUUCAAGAAAAUGAAAAAGACUGCCAUCUUGAUCAACAGCGGUCGAGGGGGCGUGGUCCAACAUGACGAUCUCUACGAUGCACUCACUUCCGGUGAAAUUUACGCGGCUGGAUUGGACGUCACUGAACCGGAACCUCUACCACAUGAUCAUCCGCUGGUAGGUCUGCAGAACUGCAUCAUCCUUCCACACAUGGGAAGUAACACGUGGGAUUCUAGAAUCCACAUGGCCGAGACUUCAGCCAAGAAUAUCCUCUCCGUUAAAAAUGGCGAGGUCCCUUACGGUCUCGUUAAAUAAAUAUACAUUUACACAUAGUUAUACUGAGCAAAGCAAGGUCAGAGGGCAAAAUAAGUCUACAGCCUGAAAGUUUGAUUACUAAAUAGAAGUAUUGCUUUUGACUGCGAAAUACGUCUAAAGCUUCAUUACCGUACGCAUUUAAAAAUAAAAAGUUCAAUGUUGAAAAAUGAAGUAUUAACUGCUUAGGAUCUGAUGAAAAUAUCAUCAAUGAUAUAGCUAUAUAGGGUGUAAUAAACAAACUAUGAACGGUAUUUAACCUUGAAAAUUAUGUAAGAAAUGAGAUUUUGAUUUUUGUAUGUUGAAAUUCGGUAUAUAAUUAUUCUCAGUACAAUGGUUGAGUUGGCGGGAAACAAUUAUAAAUAUCUCCUUAAUUACGAAUAUGAAAGUAAAAACAAAACAAUGUACGAUAUUUUUAAAGGGACAUUCCUUCAUUUGAAUAAAAAUAAGUCGUCAAAAUUAAACUUACUGGAAAAU